AUGACCUCGCGAGGCCCGCUCACUCGAGCAGCGGCCGCCCUUCGCCCCAGGGUCAACAACCCGUCGUCGGCCUCAAGGAUAUCAUUAUCAUUAUCAUUAUCAUCCCGACGGUCCUUGGCAGGAGACGCUGGCGACAACAACACCGGCCACAUCACGACCAACUCGCAGCAAGGCAUUUUAUUCUUCAAUUCCAUCUUACCCACCAACUUACAGUGGCUCUUCCGUCUGGCGGCCGCCAUUCCUGCGGGCUACAAGACACCCAAAAUUCUCGCGUCUCGCACCUCCUACGGCGUGGUGGAAGUUUUGCCUCGCUAUAGCGAAGGUGCGGCGUUUUUGAAAUUCAGCCAUGACGGUACUAGUGAUUCGAAAGUCAUCUCUGAAGCGGUGCAAAAGUAUCUUGAUGAGCAUUCGGCGCGGCCCUGGUGGAAUCCGUUCAUGACGGUGCAGGCUGGUCGCGUAUUGGGGAAACCGUGGGUGGAAGAUUUGGCUCGUCAGCCUUCGACGAGACUGCGCGUGGAGUUUCUCCCCACGGAGCCUGGUGCUGAGGUGGCGGAGUUGAGUCAGGAGCAGCUAUAUAGUUUCUUUCGACCGUAUGGCAAGCUCUCGGAUAUCGUUGUCCAGCCUUCCGACUCCAAAGUGCUGCCUAAAUAUGCCUACCUGGACUUUGCGAACUACCGAAAAGCCAUCAUGGCAAAGAACUGCAUGCACGGAUACUUGGUCAAUGACUCCGAAGGCGGCGGUAAGAGUGGCACACUGCUGCGCCUGACCUACGAGAAGAAACAACGUGGAGGCUGGAUUAAGGACUGGCUGGUGAAUCAUCCUCGCAUCGUGAUUCCGUUGCUCGUGGCACUCAUUGCUGGUAUCUCUGCCGUCAUAUUUGACCCGAUUCGCACGAUCGCCAUCAAGGCGCAUAUCACGCGAGCUUUCCAUCUGGAAGACAACUUUGUUUUUGCGUGGUUAAUCAAGCAGAGCGAAGACUUGGUCCAAAAGGUCAAAUCUCUUGGUCGAGAGAGAGGCCUCGACGAUGGAGGCAUGACUGUGGUGUGGGAGAACCGGCAGAAUGAGAUUCAGCAGAUCCAAGCAUGGCUGAUGGAAUCUUCCGAGACGUUCAUCGUCGUGCAAGGACCCCGGGGUAGUGGAAAGAGGGAGCUCGUGUUGGAACAUGCUUUGCGUCACAAGCGAGAAGCGCACCAGGUGCUCACUCUGGAUUGUAAGCCUCUCCAGGAAGCUCGUGGAGAUGCCUCUACGAUUGCUGCAGCUGCGGAUCAAGUGGGCUAUCGGCCCGUCUUCAGCUGGAUCAACAAUAUCAGUGGUCUCAUCGAUUUAGCGGCACAAGGCAUGACGGGAUCGAAAGCUGGCUUUUCCGAAACAUUGGAGAAUCAGCUGAUCAAGAUCUGGGGCAAGACGACAGCAGCACUGAAAAGUAUCGCCCUCGAUGGACGCAAAAAGGACGACAAAGACGCCAAGCUUUCCGACGAUGAAUACUUGGAUAGCCACCCGGAGAGAAGACCUGUCGUGGUCAUUGAGAAUUGGUUGCACAAGAAUUCGGAGCCCGGAGCAGCCAUGGUGUACGAUCAGCUGGCGGAGUGGGCAGCCUCAUUGACCACCUCCAACAUUGCUCAUGUCAUCUUCCUAACCAACGACGUCUCCUUUAGCAAGUCCCUCUCCAAAGCUCUGCCCGACCGAGUCUUUCGACAGAUUUCUCUCGGAGAUUGUUCCCCUGAAAUCGCCAAGCGCUAUGUCAUUCAACACCUCGACUUUGGCGCCGAGCCCGGACCCAUCACCGGCAACAACAAAACCGGUCACAGGAAAGAAGGAGAAGAUGAUGAUGAUGAUACAGAAAUUCGCCCACUCACCCCCUCGCAACAACGUCAAGAUCUCCGCGAACUCGACACCGUCAUUGGCCAACUCGGCGGUCGCCUGACCGAUUUGGAAUUCUUCGCCCGCCGCAUCAAAGCCGGCGAAACGCCCAGCAAAGCCGUCCAAGAAAUCAUCGAUCAAUCCGCCUCGGAAAUUUUAAAAAUGUAUCUUCUUUUACAAGGUGGCAACAGCAGCAGCAACGACAGUCGCCAAUGGACCUCCUCGCAAGCAUGGACUCUAGUUCGAGAACUAGCCCAUCACGAAGAAGGUCUACGAUACAAUGAACUCCUCUUAUCCGACCCCUUCAAGUCCUCCUCUGGAGGAAGCGGAGAAAAAUCGCUCGCAGCCCUCGAACAAGCCGAACUCAUCUCCAUCCAAUCCCAGCACGGUCGUCCCUAUCGCAUUUUACCCGGCAAACCCGUCUAUCGCCCCGCAUUUCAACAAUUAGUCGCCGAUGAAGUUUUGCGAGCGAAAUUUGAAUUGUUAUGGAUGGGAGAUGCGAUUGCGAGUGAGAAUUCGACCGUCGAGAAAUGUGAGCAGGAAUUACGAUUGUUGUCGGCGUUGUCGAGGCAGCCGCCGGAAUUGUUGGGGCGCGUUACGUGGUUGUUGGGGAAAGUGAGGAAGAGUCAGGAGAGGAUUGAGAGGUUGGAGAGGGAUAGUGGGGUUUUGAAGGGGGUUUUACAGAGGGAGUUUUGAAAAACAAAAAGAGGAAGAAGAAAAAAAAGAAAAAAAAGAAGCAUGGGGGGAUUUGUUACAACUUAUUGGUGGUAAACAGACAGCGUCGGAAAGAUUUUUGUUUUGGGGGAAAGGGGGGUUGGAUCGUAUGGGAAUGGGACGCCCACUCAAGCAGACGCUAUUUGGAACCACGGUACAGAUCGCAAGCAUAUACUGGGUCCGUUACAGCUUCUAAUAUACUUGAAUGGAAAUCUCACUGCGAUGCCCGUGCCAGAACUUGG